AUGGGCAACAUUCUUCAGAAGCUGUUCUCGGGUUUCAGCCAGGAGGCCAAGAUCCUGCUGGUGGGCCUCGACGCCGCCGGCAAGACAACGCUCCUCUACAAGCUCAAGCUCGGCGAACAGGUCACCACGAUCCCCACCAUCGGAUUCAACGUCGAGACCGUCACCUACAAGAACGUCACCUUCACCAUGUGGGACGUCGGCGGCCAGGACCGCAUCCGGAAGCUGUGGCGCUACUACUUCCAGGGCUCCAACGCGAUCAUCUUCGUCGUGGACAGCGCCGACCGCGAGCGGAUGGACGAGGCCAAGGACGAGCUGGCCGCAAUGCUCAAGGCCGACGAGCUCAAGGACGCCGCGCUGCUCGUCUUCGCCAACAAGCAGGACUUCUCGCAGGCCAUGUCCACAUCAGAGGUCAUGAGCAAGCUCGGCCUCCUCGACGCGGCCAACCACGGGCGACGGGUGCACUGCCAGGCCUCUUCCGCCACCACUGGCAUGGGCAUCUACGAGGGCAUGGAGUGGCUCUCGCAAACCCUCAAGAAGUGA